AUGCAGGUGCCACUUCUCCGGCUACAGUGCGGUGUCAACAGUUACGACUGGGGCAAGGUCGGCCAAGAGUCGGCAGCCGCCAGGUAUGCCGCCACAACUGCCGGCCCCGAUUUCACAAUCGAAGCCGAGAAGCCUUACGCCGAACUUUGGAUGGGCACACACCCGUCUCUUCCUUCCAAAGAUGUGGAGACCCAGCGAACUCUGCUCGACAUGGUCCAAGACAACCAAUCUUUGUUGUCGACCGAAAUAAGUGAGCGAUUCGGUGGUAAACUGCCAUUCCUCUUCAAGGUGCUGUCCGUUCAAAAGGCGCUUAGCAUCCAGGCCCACCCCAACAAGAAGCUUGCAGAGCAGCUUCAUGCCCGGGACCCCAAGAACUAUCCUGAUGACAACCACAAACCUGAAAUGACCAUUGCCAUCACUCCAUUUGAAGGUUUGUGUGGCUUCCGCCCCCUCGCUGAAAUCACACAUUUCCUCCAGGCUGUGGAGCCUCUGCGCACUCUGGUCGGUGAAAAGGUUGCCAGCGAGUUUGAACAGUCCGUCAAGAGCAACGAAGACUCAGAGGACCCAACUAUCGUCAAAAACAACAAGGAUGCGUUACGUGCCCUCUUCACCACUUUGAUGGAGUCUCCGUCCGAAAAGGUGGCGGCAGCAACCUCCGCUCUGAUUUCUAUUGCAGAGAGCAGUCCCGACAGCUUUGGAAUCCUACCCGGUGAGGUUGAAACCAACCCAACAAACCCCACAGAGCUGGCAGCUCUUGCCAAGCGAUUGAACGGAGAGUUCCCGAACGACAUCGGCCUGUUUGUCUUCUUCUUCCUCAACUUCGUCAAGCUGUCAUCGGGUGAAGCCAUGUUCCUUAAGGCAGACGACAUCCACGCUUAUAUUUCCGGUGACAUCAUCGAGUGCAUGGCUGCCUCCGACAACGUCGUGCGAGCAGGCUUCACCCCAAAGUUCAAGGACGUCGACACCCUCACUCAGAUGCUCACCUACUCAUAUGCACCAAUCGAGGAGCAAAAGCUCCAGCCAACAGACUACCCUUACGCCGUUCUUAACGCAACUGCAUACUCGAGUGCUUCGUCCGCCAUGCUCUACGAUCCUCCCAUCGACGAGUUCAGCGUCGUGAAGAGCGACCUGAAGCGUACUGGUGCCAAGGUGACUUUUGACGGUAUCUCUGGUCCUAGCAUUAUCAUUUGCACCCAGGGUAAGGGCAAGAUCACCGUGGGUAACAAGACCGAGGAGGUCCAGGAGGGCUAUGUUUUCUUCGUUGGUGCCACUGCGGAAUGUGUGAUUGAAAACACUGGCAGCGGAGAGGGCGAGGACGAUGUUUUCACUACCUAUAAGGCAUUCUGCGAAUUGCCCCCGGUUGGUGAGGAAUAA